ACGCAGCAGUUCAUUAUCUGAUGAUGUUAAUUGAUUCAACUCACUGGUUAAUUAACUCUUCAAUCACUAUUUCCGUCCGUCCAUGUGGAAAGAGUUGUGGUUGCAGUUAAAAGUGGUUCUGAUCAGACCUGCUUUCUUAUGCAUUCAGGUUUUAUGAACUGUGACUCUGCAGGAGAGACCACGUGUAGGCGACACUAGGCAAUACUAUAUUGAUCAUCUGCUAUACAUUACAAAUAUAAAUACUACAAAUUGUAAACACUGAGAGCUAUUGUUAAUGAGACAAACUACAAAAUUAGACUAAAAUAUUAAAAAAGUCUAAUGUGAAGAAUCACAAAUAAGAUGCUCAACCAGUACAGUCCAGGUUAAGCAGCCCUGAAUAUUGAUUUAAAAAAAAAAUUUUUUUUACAUUAUUUCUUUGAUACGUAAAAACUAUUUAAAUGCAGUAAAUACAAGCAUAGCUACAUUGCAGAAACCAGGGCAUCAGGUUUGCAUAACAAAUCAUGACUGACGUUUUUUUUAUGAUUUUGCGUCCAUGUAUCUCUUUUACCAUGCGCUAACUGACCAGGGUGCAACUCAAGCAUGCAACAAGCUUCCAGACCUGCAGGAGUUCAAGUCCAGCCAGACAGUCAAAGUUAACCCAGACAGACCGCAGCUGCAGGCACGCUUUGUUACUCUGGAAGCACAGAAGACUCUGUUGGUCCCAACUCCUCGUCUUCGUACUGGUCUCUUCAAUAAGAUCACUCCUCCUCAGGGGGCCACCAAAGAACAGCUACGCAUAUGUUCUUCUGCUCAGGGUGUGAAGGACUUUAGUGUGCCUGUUGGCUUGGAUGCAAAGGUGAAGGUGGACUUGGUGGUGGUUGGCUCUGUAGCAGUGUCAGAGAACGGAAUUCGGAUUGGAAAAGGAGAGGGUUUUGCUGACUUGGAGUACGGCAUGAUGGUCUCAAUGGGAGCUGUGAAUGAGUUUACCGUCGUGGUCACUGUUGUCCAUGACUGUCAGGUGGUGGAAAUUCCAGAUGAGUUAAGAGAAAGUCACGACCUGACUGUGGACUACAUCCUCACACCCACCAGAGUGAUUAAAACCAACUGCCAGUUCCCCAAGCCACUGGGAAUCAUCUGGACUAAGUUGAACACAGAAAAGCUGCUGAAGAUCCCCAUCCUAAAGAAGCUUAUUGCUCUUGAGGAAAAGGCCGGAAAGGAUGUUACACUGGGAGCCCUGCCUGCUUCACCAGAGCCAGGUCCGCGCACGAUUAGACCCACAAGACAAACUAGACAGAGGCCAAGACAGGAUGCUGAGGGAGAUUUCAGGCAGGAGAGAGCAGUGGACUCAGAACAGAAAGCCAGACAGCGUCCAGCUCGAGUGAGGAAAGAAAGCAGAGGAGAUGCAGGUAAAGAGGGUGAAACCAAUGAGAGAAGGAGGGGUAAAAGUGGGGGGAACUUUAGGGAGAAGGUCUCAGAGGAGGGUGGAAGUGAAGCUUUAUCUCAACGUAAGCUUCCUGUGAGUGUGACCACAGUUUACCUCGGGGGAAUCCCUGCUGGGCUGCGUGUCAGUGAGCUGAAAACGGCCCUCAGAGAGAGGGAGGCAACACCACUGAGGCUCACCUGGCAGGGAGCUCAGCACAGGGCCUUCCUAGACUACACUGACCCCCAGGCUGCUGAGCAGGCCCUAGAGGCUCUGCAGGGUCUCAGUCUGAACGGCAGCAGUCUGCAGGCUGAGCUGGCUAAGAGCCAGCGGGGAGGCAAGAGGUCCGGACAGGACAGGAACCGGAGACCAAGACCAACAGCUCCGAAAUCCCAACCAGCACAGCCGGAUAGUGAGAGUGCCGUCGAUGUGGUGACUGAGCCAUAAAAGUGGAGAAAAGUUAUGUACCUUAAGAAAACUUUGGUUUGCUUUAAAGAAUAAAAAAGAAAUCUGGAUUUAAUACAAGUUCAGGUCAGUUACAUGGACUUCAGACAUGAAAAAAUUAGAUAUUAAGGCUAAUGAGCUCGAAAAAAAUAAUAAAUAUGCAGUUUCUGAAUCCCAGCAUCGUAACACAUUUCACAAAGUAUUUUUUUUAUGAUUUAACAAUGAUUAACCAAACACCUCUGUGCCUUGUUUUUUUCGACACACCUCCUGGUGGGUGUAUCCCAGGAGCCCUUCAAAACCAAGGACUGUAUCCACUGUCUUUAGUGAAAAUACAAGGAUUGAAUCUAUUUUAUUUCUACAACCAGUGUUAGCUUCUUCUAUAAGGUCAUGUUUUUGUGUUUUUCUACUUUAACCAUGGCCAUGGGCAAAAGAGGGACCCAUUAGUUAGGACGCUGAUAGCGCCACCAUGUGGUUAUUUCUAUUUUUCAUUGGAAAAUUUAGAUUCCUGACCACUGGAUGUUAUCAGCAAAGUAAGAAAUUCAUGAUCUUGUAUUUCUAAAUCUGUAUAGGCCAAACCAACAUUGACCACAGAUUUUCCACCAAUUCCCUACCAUUCUUCACAACUCUAUCAACUCUGAUCUAUCCAAUUUGCCAUAAACCUUGAACAGCACACAGCACUCCUGAGUCCUUUACAUUGUGCACAUUGCAGACACUAAAACAUCUACAUGUAUUUCAUUUCUAAAUAACUAAGAGUUUUGUGUGCAGCCUCACUAGAGCUGUUCUUUUUUUAUUGUAUUUGCAUACUGUACUUUUUAAUUGGCUUGGGUUUUUUCCUGAAAAUUUCAAAAUAGAUGCUGGGAUUUUAAACAUUUAUAUUUGUACCUCUUUUUAACAAAAUACAUUUAUGCAUUUUGUCUAGUUAGGUCAGUUUUCAUUUCAAGUUAGCCUCACCGUUGAACAGAUAGGAUGCACUAACAUGUCUGAAUAGACUAUUAGAGUGUAAAUACAGUCUGUAAGAGAUUACAAUGUUCUCUACUAAAACUUUGAAUUCAAAAAUGA